AUGCCUCCGAAGAAACGACGUCUGGCGGACAAUGUCGAGUUUUACGACUUCGAUGAUCCUCAGUCUCAGCCUUCGGAAGUCCAAGAAGAGUACACCAGCAUUGAUUCAACGUCGCAUGGGUAUCUCGCCUCCGACUCCUUCCUCUCGGUGCCACCAUCCCCCACAAAAAAACCGACUCAGCGCGCACAUGCUGUCAGCAACGCUCAGGAUGACACGUGUCGACUCAGGGUAGACGUGGAGGCUAUGUUUGCGGAGCAUUUUGCCGUCGACGUAGGCAGUCUGGAGACAAGGGAGGAAGACGAGAGGGCCGAAGAGGGCGCAGGAGGUAACAAGCAGCCCAGAGCCCAGGUUCCUUCAGAUCUGCCCACCUCAGGUUUCGUAGAGAAGUUAGAUAUGUUUUUGGAUGAAAUUCUACGUUUGGAGGCCCCCGACAAUCAAUCGCUUUGCGGCUCCUGUGGUUGCGAGUUGAGCACUGGUGAAGGUUUCCGAUGUAAAGCAUGCUUUUCGAAUGUGCUCCACUGUCAGGGGUGUAUGGUACGGGAACACAGUCGCCUACCUUUCCACAGCGCGGAGCGUUGGAAUGGCAAAUUCUUUGAACGGGUCAGCCUGAUGGCGUUGGGGUUGCGAAUUCAAUUGGGUCACCCCGAUGGCCAGAGGUGUCCUGUACCGAAACGCCCAAGGGACGACUCGUUUGUGAUUGUUCACGCCGACGGGAUAUCCUCCGUCGGGCUGGACUUUUGCGGGUGUUCCUCGGGAGGCUCCCACUGGGUGCAACUCCUGAGGCAUCGCCUUUUCCCUGCCACAACCGCGGAGCCUCAGACGGCAGCGACUUUUCACGUUUUGGAGACGUACCAAAUGCUCGCCUUUACGUCGAAAACUUCCGCCUACGAGUUUGUGCGCGCCUUGGAACGACGCACCGACAACACUGGAACCCAAACAGUACCGGACCGGUACCCAAGCUUCCUUAGAAUCGCGCACCUUUGGCAACAUAUCCGAAUGAUGAAGAGGGCGGGGCGAGGUCACUCUCUGUCUGGAAUCGAAGGUACGGCCCCUGGCGAGUGCGCCUUGCUGUGUCCUGCAUGUCCCUAUCCCCAAAUCAAUCUACCCGAGGGCUGGGACUCCGUGGAGGACCACAAGCGGUUUGUUUACCGGCUCUUCCUCGCUAUGGACGCCAACUUCCGACUCAAGCGCAAGGAUGUAUCUUCUGACGAACGCGACCCUGGCUUAAACAAGGGUUACGCUUACAUGGUCGACGACAAGAGUUUCAGAUCUCAUUUGGCCGCGUUCGACACAGGGGAGGACGAGGAGAAGAGCACCUGCAACAAUCACGACGCCAUCAAAUCGGCAAGCAUUCGCGGAGGGAAGGGUAUUGCGACUACGGGGGUUGGCAUCGCCAUGUGUGCUCGGCACGACAUGCGGAGGCCUGAGUCGGCAGGCGAUCUCCAUAAGGGUGAACGAUUUGUAUAUAUGGACUACUUCGCUCUGCGGACCAUCUGUCACAACACUCCAGACGACGUCGUGUGGUCUUACGACAUCGGAUGUCAGUGGAGCCAGAAGCUUGAGAUGCGAACCAAGAAAUAUCCAAAGGCCCUGUCCACAGGGUUCAAUCGCUUGCGGCACAUGAUCUUCAUGGUGCCCAAGUACCAUUUGGCCGCUCAUAUUGCUAAGUGCCAGGCUGAGUACUCUUUCAACUUUACGAAAGGGGUGGGAAGGACUGAGGCGGAGUCGCCGGAACGUGGUUGGGGAGGAAGCAACGCGCUGGCGGCGAGCACCAGCCAAAUGGGCCCCGGGUCUCGGCGAGACAAGAUUGACAGUCACUGGGGAGAUGACAACUGGUUGAAAAUUGUUGCCAUGGCUGUGUACUUGGUCAAGCGAGCUGAGGAGGCUAUUCAAAAACGGAGGGAGCAAGUGGAGGCUUUCCUGGAAUUUUCGAAGGCACUGCCAAAAGAUUCUGUGGCCGAGUGGACGGAACAGGUCCUGGAUUGGGAGGAGGACCCUGCGUGCGAGAAUCCGUUCUUGAGCAAGGCGGAAGUUUUGACAGCGGAUAAGGUUCGAGAGGCGUUGGCGGCGGAGGAUAGAGCGGCUGUGGAUGCGGGAGAGGUCGUUUUGGUGCAUAAGAACGUAGGGCCAAGUGUUUUCAUUAGGAUGGGGUUGGAACUCGAAUCAGCUCAGGCUAAACUAGCGAUCGAUACGAAGGAAUUGGGCACACACUCAACGAGUCGCCAAAGAGCAAUGAUCACGGAGCGUUCCACGACAGUCAGGAGGAAGGUUGGGGCGUGGCGUAAAUUGCAGGCAUUCUUCAUGCCUUCGGUGGCGGCUUACCAAAAGGAGAAAGAGGAGGAAGACUCCAGUGGCCCCGACGAUACCUGCACCCUCCCUCUUUACUUGCCUUCCGCUGUGCCUGAGUCGGUCCCGUACGACAAGCGUCUUGCUAGGUACGAGCACCGGUAUCGUGUCGCUCAGGGCGAGACGGUCCUGCAGCAAAUCAGGACCCUCUUGAUCCUUCGUUCGCACAUGUGGCAGCUAAAAAAAAAGUACACGCAGGGAUACCGCCAGACAACUAGGGCUAACGCGUUGAUUGGAACUAUCGGCACUCGUAUUGACAACAACAUCACACGCUACAAGUUAAUUCGCGCCUGUCUCUCGAACUUGACCAACAUCACGGCGGAUUCGUCUUGGGAAGCAACUCUUCGGGUACUGACAGAGUCAGACGUCCGUGGGAUGACAAUCGACGACGAUGAAGGUGGUGAGGGCUCCAAGCAGCUGAGUUGGAUCUGGCGAGUGGGUUCGGUGGCAGGUGGGGGGGAUCAGACGGGUACUUCCGACCUACGUCUCGAAUGGUGCAAAACCCGAGCGCGGGCCCACCGCUGGCAGGAGGAAUGUGUGCUGCUUGCUGAGGAGAUUCGAAGGGUGGAAGUAACGUUUGAAUGGGAGGCGAAGCGCUGGCGGGACCGGGCCGCUUUCCAACAGUCUAGUGAAUCGUGGGUGGAUCCUCCGGUUACGGAGUUCAACCAGCACCCUUCCGUGUACUCCUUGGAGGUGGCGGGUUUGGAGAGAGUUCGACAAGGCAAGGUUGCUUACGCUCAUAGGCAGGCCGCUAUAAGAGACGCAAUGAUUUUGCACGCCAAGAAGACAUUCGGUUCCAUCCGGUCGCAAUUGAUGGAAAUGUGGGAUGGAAAGAGUCCUUGGAUAAUGGUGGAGGCUACAUGA